AUGUUCUACGCUGCCCUUCUUACUGCUGCCGUCGCAGUCUCGGCAUCGCCUGUUGAGCGGCGCCAGGCCAAGACGGCCGUUCUCCCGUUGACGCAUGUCUCCAAUGUCACGUCAAUCAAGAAUAUCGUCAGCAAAGGCCAGGCCCGCAUGAAUCAUAUCAAUGGCAUCGAGACAGUCAGCGCCUCUCCUGCUGUGAGCUCUGGCACUGUGACAAACGAAGACGUUAGCUAUGUAGCCCCGGUCUCGAUCGGUGGUAAGACGUGGCAGCUCAUCGUUGACACUGGAUCUUCAAACACCUGGUGUGGUGCCCAGGACUCGUGCGAGAAGACUUCCACCGGCAAGUCUACAGGUGACAGUGUGUCAGUCAGCUACGGAAGCGGCUCCUUUUCUGGCACCGAGUAUAAAGACAAAGUUAGCUUUGGAGGCCUCAGUGUGGCAUCUCAAUCGAUUGGCGCUGCCUCUACAGCCACGGGCUUUACCGGCGUGGAUGGCAUUAUUGGUUUUGGUCCAGUUGAUCUUACGGCGGAUACCGUCGAUGGCGUCGAUAGUGUUCCAACUUUCCUGGACAACCUAUACAGCGCUGGCUCUAUCGACACCGAGGUCCUCGGUGUCUAUUUCAGUCCGGAAUCUGGAAGCGAUACUGAUGAUGCCAACGGCGAGUUGACCCUCGGUGGCACUGAUAGUUCAAAGUACACUGGCUCCCUCACCUACCACCCGAAGCUGACGAGCGGGGAUGCUUCGGAGUACUGGGGUAUCUCCAUCGCAUCAUUUACGUAUGGGUCAACGACCCUCGCAUCGUCUGCCUCUGGAAUUGUUGACACUGGAACCACACUGAUCUACAUCCCGACCUCGGCCUACAACAAGUUCCUUAGCGCCACCGGUGGCAAGACCGAUAGCUCAUCUGGCCUUGCGUUGUUUACUACAAAGCCGACCUCGAACUUCAGUAUCAAGUUUGGGUCGACCACUUACGUGCUUACGCCAGCGCAGUAUUUGGUCCCGACCGCCCAGUAUACCUACUACGGCCUAACUUCCGGCAAGUACUAUGCCUGGAUCAACGAUGGUGGUGACUCAGGUGUGGAUACUAUUAUUGGCCAGAAGUUCUUGGAGCACUACUACUCUGUCUUUGAUACUACCAACUCCCGCAUCGGCUUCGCUACCGCCGCGUAA